AUGAUGGACUCUUCGACGAUGGCUCCCAUGCCCUCCGGCGACGCCACGAGCGACGGCCCAUGGCAAACGGUCCAGGGCAAGCGACCGAAAAGGAACCACGUCGACAUGGUAGGCGUGGCCGGGGGUCCCUCACCCCCCGUGCCCUCCGCAGCACCCUCAGCGCCCGGCGCGCCCGCAGCGCCCGCACAGCCGCAACAGGCAGUGCCCAACAAAAAACAGCCGAUCAAGCCGCUCUUUGUCUUCCUGGACAAAGGGCACAAUUACCCGACCAUCUUCAGCGCCCUGAAGAACUCCCUUCAGGAGAAAUGGUCGGUGUACAACCGAGGCCGCGAUCAACUCCAGGUCCAAACGGCAUCAGUUACCGAGUACCACACCGCGAUCAGGGCCUUAAAGGCGAUCGGCGCCCAGUACUCCGUCCUUCUCCAGAAGGAUGAAAUUCCAAAAAAAUUCGUGUUCCUCGGCGUACAUCGCGAAACCCCGGCCGAAUUCCUGACCGACGUAUUCACAGGAAUGCAGCUUACAGUCCAGUCCUUCUGGUUCCUGGAAAAUCGCCAAACCCGCCAGAAGUGCGACAAACUGGUUGUCGAGGUCCCUCAGACAUGCGACACAGACACAAUUCUCGCGAUCCGAGAAUUCGCGGGCAUGAUAAUCCACGUUGAAGACUACCGCCACCCCGCGGGUCCUUCACAAUGCAGCACCUGCCAGCGGUUCUCACAUGUUGGCAGAGGCUGCAGCGCCAAACCAGUGUGCCGCUGGUGCAGCGGGCCCCACCGCACUCCCGACUGCCCCCACGGAGGAAACCGCGACCACUUGAGGUGCGCGAACUGCGGCGGGCCACACGCGGCCAACUACCGCGGCUGCUUUGUGUAUAAGGCCGAGACUCGCCGACACCUCCCCCCUCAGCAGAGGAAGGAACGCGAGCGCCAGUCCAAACUGGCCAUGCGUGAAAAUCGGCGGGCUGCGGCUGCCUCACAGGCGCAGCCCCAACAUCCAGGACCCUCUGGCCAGCAUCCAGGCCCGUCAGGCCAACAGGGACCACCGAGGCCCAACCCAUUCGGCCCGCCCAGGUACCCGGAGCCGCACUACUUCGGCCAAUACAUAGCUCCGGCGAUGCAAAACCGGUAUGCUCCGAUUGCGCAGGAGCCUACAUACAAUGAGAUCGACUACCCGGCCAUCGCAAAUGACUACCGACCGCGCCGCCAAAAUCGGGGACAACCAAAGCCCCACUUCAAGAAGCACCACAGCGGCCACAAAAAUGGCGGUGGUGCUUCCCCCACGAAGCACGCAGAGAGAGACAGGCAGCCGGCCACAUCCGCGGCACCUGCCCCCUCACCUAAACCUACCCCGCGGGCCAAGACGCAAGCUCCCCCCUCCCCCCACCUGCCGAAACAAUGGCAGUAG